AUGGCGGCAACGAAACAGUCAAAAGUAGUCAAGGUUGAACCAUUGGAUCACAAAGAUGCUCGUUGGGCAACUUUGGUCAAGAUCACCUACACAGAUCCUGAAGGCGUGGAACGAACAUGGGAGUCAGGCGAGCGUCUCACUCGCCCAAAAGGCUCAGAUAUCGACGGUGUUGGCAUCCUAGCAGUCCUACAGGAUCCCUCGAAACCAGAUGACUCUCCGCGGAUCCUUCUACAAAAGCAAUGGCGCCCUCCCGUCGAUGCGAUAGUGAUCGAAGUCCCCGCUGGACUCAUCGAUCCGAACGAAACAGCCGAGGUGUGCGCAGUGCGAGAGCUCAAAGAAGAGACGGGCUACGUCGGCAAGGUAAUGGAAGGAGACUUCGGCGUCAGCCCUAUCAUGUUCAACGAUCCGGGCUUCUGCAAUACGAACUUGCGCAUGAUUCAUGUUACUGUCGAUCUCUCGCUACCGGAAAACCAGAAUCCUCAGCCGUCACUAGAAGAUAACGAGUUCAUUGAGACCUUCUCGGUCCCUUUGAGAGAUUUGUGGGACGAGUGUAAAAAGUUUGAAAAAGAAGGAUAUGCGAUUGAUGCCCGAGUGGGUACAAUCGCCGAAGGUGUAGAGUGUGCCAAGCGAUGGAAAUUGUGA